CUUCUUUUGAACCUCAGACGUCUCCCUUUCUUCUUCCUCUCUUAUAAGAAUGACGUUCGUUCGUUCUCUUCUUGGUGGAGUGGGUAGAGUGAAGGCUUCGGCUUUACGAAAUGCUGCCACCUUCACUGAACCUCAAAUGACCCAUUCUUUAUUUCCGAUUCAAGUAUUACGCCGCUGGCAAAGUGCUUCUGCUGUUGAUUAUGAAAAUGCUGAUGCUGCUGAUGUUGCUCGUUUACGAAAACUUCGAAAUAUUGGUAUCUCUGCUCAUAUUGAUUCUGGUAAAACUACUUGUACUGAACGUAUUCUUUACUACACUGGUCGUAUCAAGGAAAUUCAUGAUGUCCGUGGUCGUGAUGGUGUCGGUGCCAAAAUGGAUUCAAUGGAUUUAGAACGGGAAAAAGGAAUUACUAUUCAAUCUGCUGCUACCUAUGCUAGUUGGGGUGAUUAUAAUGUGAAUAUUAUUGAUACUCCAGGACACGUUGAUUUCACCAUUGAAGUGGAACGUGCUCUUCGUGUGUUGGAUGGUGCUGUUAUGAUUCUCUGCUCUGUGUCUGGUGUACAAUCUCAAACUAUUACUGUCGAUCGUCAAAUGCGUCGUUACAAUGUCCCUCGUAUUUCUUUUAUCAACAAGAUGGAUCGUGCUGGUGCCAAUCCAUUCCGUAUUGUGGAUCAAUUGCGAAACAAACUCAAACUGACUGCUGCUGCUAUUCAAAUUCCCAUCGGUGCUGAAGAUCAAUUCCGUGGCGUUGUAGAUUUGGUGAAAUGGAAAGCUUAUUAUAAUGAAGGUGAAAGUGGUGAAAAUCUGACUGAAAAGGAUAUCCCUGAAGAAUUGAUGCCUCUUGCUACCGAAAAACGUCUGGAAUUGAUUGAACAACUGGCUAAUGUCGAUGAUGAAAUCGCUGAUAUUUAUUUGAUGGAAGAAGUACCAACUGCUGAACAAUUUAUGAGUGCUAUACGUCGUGCUACUAUUGGUCUCAAGUUUACUCCUGUACUUAUGGGUUCUGCCUUCAAAAAUACUGCUGUUCAACCUCUUUUGAAUGCUGUCGUUGAUUACUUGCCUGAUCCUACUGAAGUCACUAACACUGCUCUUGAUAUCAAGGAUAAUGAAAAACCUGUUGAUCUCACUCCUUUCUCUGCCAAUCCUUUUGUCGGUCUUGCAUUCAAACUUGAAGAAGGUCGUUAUGGACAAUUGACUUAUAUGCGUAUUUACCAAGGCUCUCUAAAAAAGGGCUCCUUCAUCACCAACGUCAAGACUGGAAAAAAGAUUAAGGUGCCUCGUCUAGUUCGUAUGCAUGCUGCUGAUAUGGAAGAUGUGGAUGAAUUGGGUGCUGGUGAAAUUGGUGCCAUGUUUGGUGUGGAUUGUGCAAGUGGUGAUACUUUUACUGAUGGUUCUCUUCAAUAUUCCUUGUCUUCUAUGUUUGUUCCUGAACCCGUCAUCUCUCUCUCUUUGGUACCCAAGGGUAAGGAAACUCCCAACUUCUCCAAAGCUUUGAAUCGAUUCCAGAAAGAAGACCCUACUUUCCGUGUCCAUGUUGAUAGUGAAAGUAAAGAAACAAUUAUCUCUGGUAUGGGUGAACUUCAUUUACAAAUCUAUGUGGAACGUAUGAAGCGUGAAUACAAUGUGGAAUGUUUGACUGGCAAACCUCAAGUUGCUUUCCGUGAAACAAUCACUCAACCUGCUAAAUUCAACUAUACUCAUAAGAAACAAUCUGGUGGUGCUGGUCAAUUCGGUCGUGUUAUGGGCUAUUUGGAACCUAUGGAAAAGGAUGAAGAAACUGGUAAGGAUAUCGCUUUCGAUAAUCGUGUUGUUGGUGGCAACAUUCCUACCAAUUAUAUUCCUGCGUGUGAAAAGGGAUUCAAUGAUGGUUUGGAAAAAGGUCCUUUGAUUGGUCAUCCUGUCAAUGGUAUUCGUAUGGUAUUGGAAGAUGGUGCUGCUCAUGCUGUGGAUUCAUCUGAAUUGGCUUUCCGUAUCGCUACCAAGAAUGCUUUCCAAGAAGCUUUCGCCAAGGCUAAACCAACCAUUCUAGAACCUAUCAUGAACGUCUCUAUUUCUGCCCCUAUUGAAUUCCAAGGCUCUGUGAUUGGUGGUUUGAAUAAGCGUAAGGGUACUGUCGUUGAUACUGAUGUCCAAGAAGAUUACUUUAAUGUCAUUGCUGAUGUUCCUCUCAAUGAUAUGUUUGGCUACUCUACUGAACUUCGAUCUGCUACUCAAGGAAAAGGUGAAUUUACUAUGGAAUACAAGGAACACUUACCUGUGCAAACUUUUGUCCAAGAGCAACUCAUUCAAGAAUACAAGAAGAAGGAAGCCGAAAAGAAAUAGUUUAGUUUACCCUCCUCUUUUUAUGUCAUUUACCCUCUCUCCUAACUGUCAUCUCCUCCUAUCCCCCCAUUCUCUUUAAUUGUUAUAUAUAGAAUUUAGAAAUCACAAAAGCAUAUACUUUAUUUGGAUUAAAAAAAAAAAGAAAAAGAAAAAUGGAAUUGUAGAUUUAGUAGAUUUAUAUAUAUAUGUGUAUAUGUAUUUGUUUUUUUUUUCUAUGUGCGUAAUAAUAAUAAAAAAA